AUGCUGCGGCAGAACCACCAACAACUGGAAGGAAACGAUCGCUAUGAAGGUUUCUGCGUGGACAUGCUGAAGGAGCUGGCGGACACUCUCAAGUUUAACUAUCAGAUCCGACUGGUCGGGGACGGAGUCUACGGGGUCUCUGGAGCUAAUGGAACUUGGACCGGCAUGGUCGGAGAGCUUAUCUCAAGGAAAGCCGACCUGGCAGUGGCCGGCCUGACCAUUACAGCAGAGCGCGAAAAGGUAAUCGACUUCUCCAAGCCUUUCAUGACCCUCGGGAUCAGCAUCAUGUACCGCGUCCACCUGGGACGUAGACCAGGUUACUUCUCCUUCCUGGAUCCCUUCUCCCCUGGUGUCUGGCUCUUCAUGCUUCUGGCCUACUUGGCUGUCAGCUGCGUUCUCUUUCUCGUGGCCAGACUUACACCUUAUGAGUGGUACAAUCCCCAUCCCUGUCUGAAGGGGCGUUGUAACUUGCUGAUCAACCAGUAUUCACUGGGCAACAGCUUUUGGUUUCCUGUCGGAGGCUUCAUGCAGCAAGGAUCCACCAUCGCCCCCAGAGCUCUGUCCACGCGUUGUGUCAGCGGAGUUUGGUGGGCCUUUACAUUAAUCAUCAUCUCUUCAUACACUGCCAACCUGGCUGCCUUCCUAACAGUGCAAAGGAUGGAGGUGCCAAUAGAGUCUGUGGAUGACCUGGCGGAUCAGACAGCGAUAGAGUACGGCACCAUGCACGGAGGAUCCACCAUGACCUUCUUUCAGAAUUCUCGCUACCAGACCUACCAGCGGAUGUGGAAUUUCAUGCACUCAAAGCAGCCAAGCGUGUUUGUAAAGAGCACAGAGGAGGGGAUCGCUCGUGUCCUCAACUCCAACUACGCCUACUUGUUAGAAAGCACCAUGAAUGAGUAUUAUCGCCAGAGGAACUGUAAUCUGACUCAGAUUGGAGGAUUGCUGGACACCAAGGGCUAUGGCAUUGGUAUGCCAAUUGGGUCAGUGUACCGUGAUGAGUUUGACCUGGCCAUUCUCAAACUGCAGGAGGAGAAUCGUUUGGAGAUUCUCAAGAGGAAGUGGUGGGAUGGCGGCAAGUGUCCUAAGGAGGAGGACCAUCGUGCCAAAGGUCUGGGGAUGGAGAACAUAGGCGGUAUCUUUGUGGUGUUGGUGUGCGGCCUGCUGGUGGCUAUCUUGAUGGCUGUUCUAGAGUUUGUCUGGAUGCUAAAACAGACACCAGGAAACGAGCAGUCGGUGUGCGAGGAGAUGAUGCGGGAGCUCCAGGGGAUCGUGUUGUGUCGGGACAGCCUCCAGGUGAGGCGCCGGCGCUCGGCGUCCAUGCUGCGCCCGCGACCUUUGCCCCUGGAGGAGCGCCGGGCGCGGGCGGCCGCCGUCAGCCUCAGCAACGGCAAGCUGUGCGGCGGCACCGGACUGCCCGAGCCGCUCUCCCACAGACUGGCGCAGGAGGCCGCCCUGGUGGCCAGAGGGUGCAGCCACAUCCGGAUCUGCCCCGAGUGCAGACGCUUCCAGGGACUCAGGAUGCGUCCUUCGGGGCCCGCCGGGGUCCUCCCGUCUCCCACCCACAGCGAAGAGAGCAUAGAAUGGGACAAGACCACAAAUAGCAGCGAACCUGAAUAA